UCCCCGGCCCUAAGCGACGUGACCACGGCGUCCAAUCUGUCCGUCCUCGCCAGCAAUGCCACCGCUGUCUCCGAGUACUGUCCCGACGAGUACGAGAGAACCUCAUACUAUAACGGCAUCGCCGGGGACGGCGACCACCCGGACCUCGUUUACCGCUCGGACUUCCUCACUAUGCCCUUCCCCAAAUCCGCCGGCAGACACGCCCGUCUCCCCGUCAAGUCGCUCCGCGGCGUCUUCGACACCCCGCUCAACGAGGUCUGGUACACCGUCCGUCCCCAGAUCCGCGACCUGAUCAAGGCUCAGCAGAUCAUUUGGUCGUCCGUCGACCUUGCCCGCUUUUUCACCCACGCACCGCUGGGAGAGGACGCGAAGGCGAGUCUCGGUCCUGUUAUCAUAUGGGUCGGCGUCAUUCCUGGUUCUACAUCCGCCGAUACCGCCCACAAGGUCUUCCAAGAGAUCCUUGCCCUCCUGCUGAAGAACGGAGUCAAGGAUGCUGUUGUGGAAUGGCGCGAGGCGGCCUCGCCGCAAAGGCUCUAG